UGUGUGUGUGUGUGUGUGUGUGUGUGUGUGUGUGUGUGAGAGAGAGAUCGAGGAGACAGUGUAACAGAGAGCUAAGCUUCGUAGCCUCACCCUAGGGGCACUGGCCUGUAAAAAAAUAUGGCACUGGAACCAUGAAACCAUGACAGUCGUCACUUAUUUGAGUGCUGCUGGAAGGCGUGCGAUAGAAAUCCAGGUUCCUGAACAUCCAAUGUUACCCGGGAAUGUUGCAGAACCUCUGUCCAAGAUUUUAAAACCUGGCACCAUGCCGGACCUCUCGGAGAACCCGAUGCUCAAAUCUGGUAAGGUCAAAGGCCAGAGAUGGCUGGAACAGAGACGCAGCGAGGGAGGAGCGAAGGCAGAGAGGGCGAAAACGCAGAGACAGAAAUGGGGUAGAGGAGUCUGCAGGGAGAGGAUGGAGAGAGGAAGGAGAGAGGAGCGGUGGGACUUAAGGAUCAAAUGCAACAAGGAAAUUAACAAAUGCCUAAAAAAAGGGGGCAAAUGCAUGGAAGGUAAAGACAAGAGCACAACAGAUGUGUGUGGGAUUUCUGGGAUUCUGUCAGCUGCUGAAACAGAAGGUGAAAACCAGCAAAGGGAGACAAGGAUGAGAGAAAGGAAGAUUUGGCCUGUUUUUCCCUGGCCAUUUUACCUGAAAAACGUCACUGGAAGAGAGAAACACAUGAUGAAAAGGAUGAAGUGGCGUCCUCUCUUCAUCUGCUUAGCUCUCCUCCUCUUCAGCCUGUGUCCAUCACCUGCUUCAUCACAGGGACAUUUCCCAAGAAUGGAGAACAUUGCUGCCUUCAAACCCGUGUCCACCUCCCCUUCUCGAUCCACAUGUGGGCUUCCAGAGCGGAGCGGCUACUGUCGGUCGCCGUCCUCCCAGACUGAGCUGACAACAUGUUACCAGGCCUUCUGUGUCCAGGAGUGUCCCUACAGAUACUCCACACCUCCAUACGCCCCGCUGCUACUGCCUGCACACAGGGGUACCUGUAUAGAUGAAGACGGUAAUGACACUCGUCCUGGGACUCAGACAGAGACCAGAACCACUACCAGUUCAGAGGGGGUUCCUGGUGGAUCCGGUAGUGUGCUCUUUCGGCCGGUCCAGGAUGGAUGUCUGGUCUCUCCCCCCUCACAGGCACUAGGAGCAUUGGGUUCCCUCACUCUGGCAUUGUGGAUAAAACCAAGCUCUCCUGGAGAAAUGAUGCUGCUGGAGAAGAGCUCAGGGCAGCGGUUGAUAUUUUCUGUGACAAUGUCCGAGCAGAUGGUCACACUGCGGUAUGGUCAGACCCCUCUGACCGUCUGCUUCAGAACAGAGGGGAGGCUUACACCGGAGAGGUGGACGCACCUUGUUUUGCAGGUAACAAUUCUCUUGAGAGGCAGCUGCCCUGUUGAACACAUCAUAGUCGGUCAAUAUGAGAGGCACGUGAUGUAGCAAGUAUGUUUAACGCGCAUCCAUAGGUGAGUUUAUAUGCAUGAAACUCAAUCAAUCUACCUUAGAAGUUCCAUCAGGUGU